AUGCCGGCAAAGUACCCACAGUUUAUUCUCUUGGGGGACUCUCUGGUGGAAUACUCGAGCUAUCUCCAAGAUGGAUUUUGCUUCGGUGCGGCUCUAGCCAAACAUUGUGCUCGAAGACUCGAGGUCGUUAAUCGAGGUUUGUGUGGUUACAACACGGCCAUCGAGCUACAUAUUUUGCACGAACUCAUGCCCAGCCCAGACGAAGCGCGCGUAGACUAUGUGCUAGUUUUGUUAGGAGCCAACGAUGCCUGUCUCCCGGACGACGCGAGCCAACAGCAUAUUCCCGUCGAUAGCUUCAAGCAGAACAUCCGGCGCAUUAUUACCCAUGCCUCCAUCACACAGCAUCACCCGAAAAUCCUGCUCGUCACGCCGCCGCCGGUACACGAAGUUCACCUUGCCGCUGACGAGAGGCCAAAAGGCUUAAAGCUCAGUAGACACAUGGACUUGACGGCUCAGUAUGCAGCAGCAGUCCGGGAAGUGGCCCACGAUUUUCAAGCCCAGAACGUUUGUCUCAUCGAUCUGUGGACCGCUUUAAUAACGGCAGCCAAGUCGGUGGAAAACAGUGAGGACGAUGACCUCCAACUUGGCACCCUGAAGCUAGGCUAUAGCGAGGGUUUGCGACAGCAUCUAAUAGACGGCUUGCAUUUGACGGGUAGAGGAUAUGAGGUCUUUUGGAAUUUGCUCAAGCCCCACGUGGGCACAGACUGGCCGCACGACCCGACUGAUUAUUCCUCUUGGAUAUUUCCGCACUGGCGCGUUGCCCCUUCUUGA